AAUUCCCAUUACAUUCCCUAUAUAAGGUCCCUUUUUUCAAAGCCAUUGUCACUUUAUUCCAUUACUUUGAGAUCUUCCUCCGCUCCUAUCUUUUAACCCUUCUGAAUUGUUCAAUUCAGUCACCAACCUAUCAUUGUUCAUUCUUUACACAUGACCACACUAUCUCAAAACUAUAUGAUCCAUUCAUUCAACUCUUCUUGCUACACCGCAUAAAUUACACACAAAGUUUUAUCUCGGUAUCUUAAAAUAUUGUCACCUUUUUUUUUCAUCAUACCAACAUCAACACUUCACUUCCAUACAUGCCUAAUGCAAGGCCCCACCAAAUCCGUCGCGGCGUGUCGCAUGCAUCCAACACGGCUAAGUAUUUUGUGCAUUUCGAUCAACUGUCAUAAUUCAAAUACGAGUGCCCCACACAGCGCAUGAGUGUGAUUGGCAUCAUGUGUGUUACCGGACUGGACGCGCAAGGAACAAAACGUUUUGUUUUUAGCUGCAGUUGGACGCUCGUCUCCGAGCUGGGGUCCGCAUGAAGGAAGAAUUUGUGGUAGACCUACAACAACCUGCAUUUGAACCACCUGCCCAACUUUGGUUAUGAUAAAUAUGGGGGACCCAGUUCAAGCAAUUAUAAACAAUGAAGAAUGGCGCAAAGAGAAGCUGGAUUUUAUAUGUUCAGUUGUUUCUAACGUAGAUCAGGAGAGUCUUCUAACUGAGCUUGGUUACUGUGAGACAGAUGAGGAUGCAGAAGGCCUUAUGCAAAGUCUUAUCUUACUUCAAGACAAGGAACUACCACCUCAUAAUGACAUUACCAGCCAGCAACGGAUGAAUGGACACGUACCCUUAAAUGAUAUUAUUGUCCGUUUACCAGAAGAGUGUGAAGAGGAGUCUAUCAUAGUUCCUUCUGAAGAGCAAUUCAGAGAUGACCAUGACAAUGAGGAAGAGGCAGAAGGCUCAGACAGUGAUGAUAGUUGCUACUUUACUCCUGAUAUCUUUAACAGUUCCCAAACAGAGCAGCCUGAAGCAGAAGAACUUGCAGAAGUGGUGAACAAUGUAGAACUGGGAAAUAACGAAAGUGAUGGGAGUGAAUUUGCAGCUGAAAUGGCACAGGCAAUAGCAGAAAGUGCUGAAAUGACAGGGGCAGUUGCACAGGUAGAAGCAGAGAGGACUGAAAGAGAGAACAGGAUAAUGCAUCAGGCGGCAAUACUCUCAGAUUUAUUCUCAAAUGCAGACCCAGACUUCCUACAAGAAAGAAUUGAUAAAUGCAUGAAACUUGAAGGGGACGAAGAGGCUUUUCAUCUUCUGUAUGAGGAAUGCUUAGACAUAAAAAAUUACCCAACAAUGAAAGAUUAUAUAAAAAGGCGGAAACGAACCAGUGUAACUGAGAAUGAUAUUAGUCAGGAUAUUGUCAUUAUAGAUGAUACUAAGGCUCUUGCAGAAAACUUGACAGUAGAGUGUGGGAUUUGCCUGGAAGAAAAUAUUUUAGGUAUCGAUACAAAUACUUGCAGUGCACUUAAAAAUGAGCACACAUACUGUAAUCACUGCAUAAAAAGGUAUGUAGAAGCUCAAAUAGGUCAGGGUCUGACGGUCUUCAAAUGCAUGGAAGGCUACUGUGAUGCAGAGUUCUCUCUCCGAAUGUUACAAAAGCUAAUUGAACCUCCUGUAUUUGACAAGUUAUGGGAAAGACGCCAACAAGAAGAGAUAGCAGCAGCUGGAGUGGAAAAUUUAGAGUCUUGUCCAUUUUGUAACUACAUGGUAAGCAUGCCAAAUCAAGAAGAUAAAAUCUUUCAAUGCUGGAAUCCGGACUGCAUGAUAGAUUCUUGCAGGAUAUGUAAAGAACCCAGUCACAUUCCGUUCAGAUGUGAUGAAAUUGAGAAGAAAGGCCAAAGAAAUGCACGAACAUACUUGGAAAAUGAAAUGGCUGAAGCUAUGAUCAGAGAGUGCCCACGUUGUAAGAAACGAUUCAUUAUAGAGGCAGGAUGUAAUAGAAUGACAUGUCCCUGUGGGGCGAUCAUGUGUUAUGUCUGCAAACAACUUAUAGAUACAACCAAUGGAGAUGGAUAUAGCCAUUUUGAACGAGGACCUGUUCCAAGUGAAAAAUGCCCAUUAUAUAGUAAUGCUGCAGCUCUCCAUGAAGAAGAGGUCAGAGAUGCAGCAGAACGUGCCAAACAAGGUCUGGAUCCACAAGUAUCCCUUCUACAUGAUCCCACAGCUAAUCUAUAGUAAAACAAGAAUUUUCAUCAUAAGAGUACAUUCAUAAUUCAUUGAAAACAUGAGCCUUAUACAGGUACUGCAAAAUCAAGUUUUGUUUCUGAUAUUAGAGAGCAAAUUAUGAGCAUUAAUAGAUAACAUGGGAGGAACACAUGUCAGUAUAAUCACUGAUUUCGCCAUGUGACGGAUAGCAUUUUUCUGAAACCCAGUCAAGUGUAGUUUAGUUCAAAAUCCAAGAACUUGGAAUCUCAUCGUGUUCCAUAAAAUAGAUCAAAUCACUGUGAAAAGAGUGUAAUUUGAAAACUGAUAUAUUUCACACUUUCAACUCGUGCAUGAAUUGUUAAUACGUUGCCUCUUGGUUUAGCAUACGCAUUAGCAAAUUUGGAUUCAGUUUCUCGACCCAGCAAAAUGGAAUUUGUGCGCGAUUACAGCAAAUACAGAGUUGGGUUACUUAAGAAAUAAGUGGAGUUUUAAAUAUGGCUGUAUAAACAAAUCUUGAACCGAAGUCUGUAAUGCUUAAUUCGCAAUGAAUAUAAUUGUCUCAACUUUAGUGAAUCAUGGAAAAUUUUUAUUAAUCUACACUGAAUUAAAAGAAAUAUCUAGAUUAAUUUGAUUAUGCUAAAAAGGACAUCAGAGUGUUGAUUGAAGAAAAUCAGCUGUUUUUGUUACAAUUGUAAUUGUUUGUGUUGUAAAAUAAAUAACCCUGUGAUAUGCUACUUAAGGCUUGUAUUUUAUAUGGUUGUCAUCACCUAAAGGAAUAGAACAUGGUGCUCAAAUUUUAUGAGAAAUUACUCAUUUCCACAAGUCACUUAACCAGUUUGGUCUGUUCAGUGCACACGUAAAGAUUUUUUUAUAUAGUACUUCAAUUAAGCAUAUUUUUAUUACUUACUCAGGAUAAUAGAGAAUUUAAUGUGAUUUCAGUCUGCCAAAGAUGCGUGAGGGAAAGAGAGGCAAUCUGUUACAUACACUAUACUGUGACCUGAAUUCCCACAGCAUUUAUUUUAAGAUAAUUUCCAUGUCCUUAUGAAGUUAGUUGCAGACAAUGUCUUCUUAACAUGUUGGUUUCUUCAUUUGGAUCUUAGUCUUUUAAGUGGCCAGCGCAUCCAAAAUGUGAAGAAAUCGAAAAGUUAAGAGGUCAUUGUGGUUAUUACAAAAUUAUAUAUCUCUGAUAAAAAAGUGACCAGGAGAUUCUAUACAUGUUAUAUACAUACGUGCGAACAAACUAAAUUUAUAUUAGCAUUAUAUAAAUACACUGAACAAAAGUGUGUUCUUUCUCUCGGUCUUUUCCCACUACCAUGUGGAGUCCAUGUUUCCGACAGCUUUCCUCCACCUGGCUCGGUCAAGCACAUCGUCCUCUGACAGUUUUCUGCCUCUCAGAUCUUUUUUUAACAACAUCCAUCCACCUUCAAUUCUUUGGUCUUCCUCUCCUUCUCCCACCAGGCACCCCCAUCUGCAUCACUCUCCUCCCUACAUACAAGUCUUAUCCCUUCUCAUCACACGGCCAUACCACUGAAGUCUUCUUUCCUUGGCCUUCUUCGAAAGUUGUACGACUUUAGUAGUUCCUGUUAUUCUUCCAUUCUUGAUCCUGUCUCAUUUUUGUUACUCCACACAUCCGCCUAAGCAUGUUCAUUUCUAUUGUGUCCAAUUUCUUCUCUUGCACUCUCUUUAUCGGCCACGUUUCCUCUCCAUAUAUCACAACUCACUACUGUCUUAUGCACUCUUCCUUUAACCUUUACUGUAUGUUCAUUCUGCGGUCACACAAGACACCUGACAUCUCUCUACAAUUUUUCUAUCCAGCCUACACUCUUUGUUGUUUCCACAUCCAAAUUUCAAUCACCAGCUAUUGCUGAACCAAGAUACCUAAAUUUUUCCACUUGGUUCAACCUUGUCCCUUCCAUACUAAUUAAGGAGUCUUGAUCUCCAUUAAAUUUUAUGGCCGAUGCACUUCCUGACGCCUGCCCUCGCUAUCAUGGCUUGAGACCAGCACUGGGUGGACCGGCUUCACCCCCCCCCCCCCCCCUCCCAAUUGGCUGGGUCCUGAAAAAAGUGCGUAUGGUUCACUAAAACACAGAUGACUUGAACUUGUGUAUAAUUAAUUACGUAAACAGGUGAAUCCUUUUGUACGUUUUACUAUUUCCUUCAUAAUCGUGUGUCAUUUCAACUCGUGGCUGUUAUCUAGUUGUAAUGGUCAUAGUUCAUCAUAGAUCGAUUUGCUAUUUUUAGUUGUGACUCUCUAAUCAAUAUGUGAUAUACCGUUGUACUAACUCAUAAUACCUAAGUAGAUCGGAGUAACAGAGUAAGAAGUGUUAGUAGUGAGUACAGAACAGAAACAAUAUGUACUAGAUGUCAGUGUAAUAUGUGUAGGGGAUCAGAAACGAAGAAUAUGGUGUUGCAAAAUGGAAUGAAAAGAGAUUAUUAGCCAGAGUUAUGAACAGUAGGCCUUCAAUGUCGGUACACAUUUGCACUGAUAACGGGGUCUGACGUUUGAAGCAAGUUUAGAUUAAGGGAAAACAACUUUUUUGCCUGAAGCCUACAAUUAAGUUACACCCUCAAAUGUUAAUGUUCCAGUGUUUAGAGCCAUUACAGUUUGGCAGUCAAAAAGUGUACAUGACUAGAAUAUAUAAUUCAUUUCAAUGUAGUCUUCCAAAAACUAGACGUUUUCUUCUAGGGGUCAUAAAUGUCAAUAAAAAGAAUUUUUCUUAAUUGAUUUCACUUCCAGCUAAUAAUGAAACAUGAAAAAUUUAAUUGAAUGUUGAUAAGAAGUCAAUUAAAUUGCUAAAUUACUUCAACAAUUAGGUCAUUUAUUCUUUCCUGACUUACAAAAGUAAAGAAAUAUGACCCAUUAAACGAGGUUUAGAGGUACCAAACUGCUCAGUUUGGAAAGAAGGCAGGUUUUUAUUUAUAAUGUUAACUUCAGAGUGCUUGAUAUCAGAAACAAGAGCAGACAGACUAAAAUUUCAUCACAGAAACAAGAUCUAGAUGUGAAGGAAACAUAAAUGGGCCAUUUACCUUGAGAGGGUUUUCCUGGGAUGAGGUGAAGGAGAAAAAUGUCAAGUUUGUAGUAAUGAAAACCUUAUCAUCACCAAGAAUUCAGGUUUGUAGAUUUGAUAGCUGAAAAAAAGGGCAGAGGUUAUCUUUAGGAAAGACAGGUGUUGUUGAAGGGGUGAUAUAAAGAAGCGAAACGCAACUACAGGAGCUAUUCCAAGGAGCCGUCAGGCAGAGCUAGGCGGAUUGUGGCGUCACUGAGUGUUUUUUGACAGCUUUCUUUAUAUAAACUUUGUGUGUUGAAUAUAUAUAGAUAAUAUUUAUAUGUUUACAGAUGAAUAUAUAUAUAUACUAAAGAUUUAUGGAUAGGUUACUAAAGAAUAGAUUGCCUCUCUUUACCUACAACGGUUAUGUUUUACUCAUGUAAAAGAUUUAUGACUCGGUUUGUGUUUCUGGAAGGCAUAAAUCUAGAAAACCGAAUUCUGUACAAUGAGAGAGGAAUUUUGCAUGUUAGGUUUUUGAAAGCAUAUUUCAUAUCAAAUGCACAUAACCUUUCAUCCCACUCACAUCAGCAAAUAAAAGUUUUACAUUACCCUGCAAUCAUUAACAGACAUGUUUGUACUGAAGCCAAUGGUUUUAGAAGUAGUUACGUCAUGUUGUAAAAAAUAAAUGAUUCAAAAAUG